AUGGGCUUCAUACACCCCAUUUUCCGUUCAUUAUUACUACUGCUGCUACUUUUGUUUUCUGCCAUUUUAGCGACAUUAUGCAAAGCUUCUCCAAUCUCACCCGACACAUGGGACCUUUACAUUCAAGCGUAUCCCGCACACGAAGUCCGUCCUCUUAAAACCUUCUACACUGAAGGGACUGUGGACAUCGACACAAGUCAACACAAGCCAAAUGUCACUUUUAUUCUCAAAGGCCAAGGGUCCCUCAUAACCUUUGAAUUUGCACAAAACAUUACUGGUCGGUAUAUCUAG